CGCCACAACACCGGAAGUGCCGCGGCCGCCGCUGCUGCCGCUUGCGCUCGCGGUGCGUGCCUGCAGCGUCUCCCAGCGCUGCACUGCGGCGUCGCCGAUCUGAGCCGAGCGCCGUCACACCUGGUGGGACCGAGGCGAGCAGUUUGGCGAGAGAAGCAGCUCGACAGUGAAGCGCGUUCUUCAAAAGCGUGUGCGCGAGACAAACAUUUUGCUCCAGAGUUAAUCGCUCGAGGAAUGCGGUUUCAUUAGGAGGGCUGCCCAGACCUGGAAGUUUGCACUAAUUUCAACUUCAAGUCAACUUUCAGCCGCUUUCCAAGCAGAGAAGGGAUCAUGGCUACAGGCGGGUUCAAGUCAAACGCAGCCACGGACUUUUUGGAGGAGUGGAAGGCGAAACGGGAGAAAAUGAGGGCCAAAAUGCUGGGGGACAUUGCGGCAGCCUCCGGUGUCCCCCUGAACCCCAGCAGCAGCGGCAACCCGGACCGAAGCGCCUCCGCUGGGAACUGCCGCACCUCCUCCUCCUCUUCCUCCGCGGUGGCUCGGUCCCCGUCCGGCGGCGCGCUGAGCAGAGCCGAGGAAGAGGCGCACCACCCGGCCGCGCCCGCAGCCUCCACCCCUGCCGCCCAGGGGAGCAACCUGAAGACGGCCCCGCCUCAGACGGAGAAAGCCCGGUGCGCUUCGCCGGACUCCAGCGCGAUGAUGGCGUGCAACGACAGCGACAAGGACAGCCCGUCUCCAUCGCCCAGCAAAGGGAAGGAGAAGAAGAACCCCGGGCCGAGCGCAAGGAAGGGGAAAGGACAGAUCGAGAAGAGGAAGCUGAGGGAAAAGAGGAGAUCAACAGGUGUUGUCAGCAUACCGUCCAAUGAGGUGAGUGGGACACAUUUCCACUCGGUUCCACUUGGUUCCACGGCACCCAAGCGACGCAUCUUUGUGAUCUGGGCUCUCAUUUGUCUUACUUUUGGAAAAUGAGAAAGUUGGGACGAA